AUGGCCCCGCUGAUUUCUUACUUUCGUGAUGCGCGUGAAUCACUGGGGAUAACGUCAAAACAGAUAGCAGAAGCCACCGGAAAGAAAAACAUGGCUUCGCACUGGUUUGGUACCAGUCAGUGGCAGUUACCGAAUGAGGCCGAUUACAGUAAACUGCAGGCGCUGUUUGCACGUGUGGCGGCAGAAAAACACCAGCGCGGUGAACUGGAGCAGCCACACCACCAGCUGGUCAGCACAUACAGCGAACUGAACCGGCAAUAUGCCAGCCUGCUGGAGGAAUACAAAUCACUGCGGCGUUAUUUUUCCGUAUCGGCUGUCGUUCCUUAUACGGAUGUCUGGACGCACAAGCCCGUGCAGUAUUAUCCGGGAGAAAAACGUAUGUCUGAACCCUUAUCCGGUUCCGGCACGGCUGCGGCGCUCGGCGGGGCGACGGUAUUCGGGCUGUUUACCGGAACGGAUUUUCGUAUUGUGUUUGGUGCAUUCGCAGGGGCGCUGUUUGUGGCCACGAUACCACAGAAGAUUUCUGUCUGGCGUGUGGCAGCGCAUUUUCUGGUGUCGUUCAUUGUUGGCGUGCUGGGGGCGGAUGUGAUGGCGUCUUACCUGGUUGAAAAACUGAAUCUCCACAGCACAUCUCUCGACGCGCUUUGCGCGGUACUGGUAUCGGUGGUGUCGGUGAAGAUUCUCUCAUUCAUCCACCAGCAGGAUAUCGCAUCGCUGGUAUCCGGGCUGUUCUCCCGUCUGCGGGGUGGAGGCGAAGGUAAGAGCCAGACCAUGAACAGCCGCCACCUGACCGGUGAUGCUGUGGAUGUUGUGGCUUAUGUUGGCAGCCAGGUGUCAUGGGACUGGCCUCUGUACGAGAAAAUCGCACAGGCAUUUAAGCAAGCUGCCGCAGAGCUUGGAACUGCCAUCGAAUGGGGCGGUGACUGGCGGACGCUUAAAGACGGCCCACAUUUUCAAUUGAAGCGAUAG